AUGAUGAAAAUGUUACCUUUUCUCCAAAGUGGUCCUUUUGGAAUACGCAGUGGAUCAGAGGGUUGCAUUGAUGCAAACAGGCCAUUUGAAAGCACUUCAGCAUCAGUAGCUGAGGAAGCCCCUGCCUGUCCUGAACCUUCUGCAGAUGAAAUCUGGUCCAGGGACCAGGAGAAGAUGAGAGAAAGGCCAGGGGCAGCCUGCAGAGCUUCACGUGCCUCUUCAACCACGAGCAAUGAGAGUUGCAUCUCUGCUGGGGACAGCCCUGAGAAGGGAAACAAAGGAAUAAAGGGAAUGCUUAAAAGUGCAUUUAAAAUAGGUAAAAAGACCAAGCCACCCAGUGUUAAACAAGUAAUGGAUCUCCUUGGAGAGCAAAAGCUUUGUGAUGCCAUUCAACAUUUGUUUGUCCUGGAGAAGAGCCUGUCUAGCAAAAGUGAGGAGGGACUGAACACCAGUCAGAAAGACAUCGAGUCUGUCUAUGAAGUUCUGAAGCACAAAGUCUUCAGCACCUUGAAAGAUUCUGUGUUGCUUGCAAAAACAAACCCAGACCUGCUGCAGCAGGCAGUGGAAGCUCUGAAAGAACAGGAGAAAGAAGAUCAGAACUACAUGUCAGAGAAUCCACCUGAUCUAAAUAUGCAAUUUAGACCUAGAAAAUGGAAAGAGCUUUGGAUGGCUACAGUAAAGGAGUCGGUAGAAGCUCGGAUGAAAGACACAAGCCGUACUCCUAGAACUGAGAACCUCUCUGCAGUUGGCCAGAACCUCCUGCACAUGGGAAAGACAAUGAGAGAAGAUUUGACAGUGGUUGCCAAGUACAUUAACAAGCUUUAUCCUCCUGAGUUUAAUGUGUUCAGCAUAUAUGCAGAACUCUACCACAAUUAUUUUGCCACCCAGGCAAAGAAAGAUGCUGAGUCUCAUCUGGAAGACAAGGAUAUUUACCUUCUUCUCUCGUGGGUGCACAACUUUUAUCCAAAAGACAUGAGAAAAGAUCAUGCUUUAGCCAUGGAGUUGGAUAAAGUUAAGCUUGGAAGCCUUUUGCCUUCAAGUGUGAGCAAAGAGCUUGAAAAUAAAUACCUUGACAGUGAAGAGGUCACUGUCAAAAAUUCACUGAGCAGAUGUUUAGAUAAAGAAAUCCAGAGAUGGAAAGAAGACAAGGAACCAGAGAAGCUAAAUGGGCAUUUUCAGAGUGAACUACUAGGAAUAUUUGUUAUCCAGAGUAUUUACAGCAGCCAGAAGCGAGCUGAGGACAUCAGCAAGGCCGUGGGUGAGGAGCUGUCCCACCGGCUGCUGAAGGAGCUGCCAGCCUUCCUGAGGAGCUACAGGGAUGCCUUUGAAGACUUCAAGGAGAAAAGCAAGAAGCACAGAUACUACAAGCCUAUACUGAUUGCAAAUAUUAACAACUGCUGGAAUUUUAGAGAAUACAUGGAGAAAUACAUAGCAGAAAAGGAUGACAGUAAAGCCGAUAUCCUCAGCACUCUUGCUGAUAUUGAAAACAGUGGCUUUGAUGUGCUGCUUCAACAGCUCUUUGCCCAGCUGAAGCCAAUAUACAAGAAGUUUACAGAGAAUAAGUGGGAUUCCAGCAGUGAAAUUAUGAAUGAGAUCAUUAAAACCACCAGCAAACAUAUUUCAGACUUCCAGACCUUAAAGGACCCAUUUUACCAUGCUAUCGUUGAGAAGAUCCAUGCCCAUUUAGUUAAAGAAUACAUCGUGAGGCUGCUGAAGAGGAAGGUCAGCCUGAAAACUCCAGCACAGCAGCAAACUAUGGCCCAGCACAUCUCCAAGAAUGCUGCUGACCUGGAAGCCUUCUGCACCAGCAAUGGAUCUCAAGCCACGUGGCUGAAUUCAGCACUCCCCAAACUGGCUGAAAUAAUCAGACUUCAGGAUUUAGGUGCUAUUAAAAUUGAAGUUGCAACAUUCGCCAAAACAUAUCCAGACAUCCGCAAAAGGCACCUGGAAGCAUUCCUGCACAUCAAAGCCAAUUUGUCACGAAGUGAACUCAAAAGCAUCCUGGGCUACUUGGCGGACAGCACAGCAUCCACACAGCCCAGGGCCCCGCUCUUCUCCAACAUAAACGUGUCCUAG